AUGGAUAUUGUCGAUAAGCUGCAAGGAUUUCCCCGUUUAAAGAAGGUUCGCGUGUGCAUCGGGACGAAUGGGAUGGGCGGGAGCGCGUCGGCGGGAAGACGUGACAAUAGCGAGGCCUGGACCAAGUGCAUGCGCUACGCCGAGAUUGGCGCCUCGGUGGAUAAGUUCCUGUUUCUCGCCGCGAAAUCCGGAAGCGCGGAUGUUUUCUACAGUAGCAUCGGCGGGGGUGGCGGGGAGAUGGCGGAAGGCGCGCAGCGCGGGGGAAUGCAGGGAGGGACGCGGCAGGGGGGAAGCGGACAGCACCGUGCGGGGACUUCAAGACAAGGGGAAGCGUCGUUUGCGAAUGGGCUUGAUGCGGUGGAAGGCGGCGGGGGGGAGGACAUGCGCGGAGCGCACGGAACUGCCCGUUUGGAGCGCGGACGAGAGGAAGAAGGGGAGGAGGGAGAGGGGGAGGGGGAGGGGGAGGGGGAGGGAAACGAGAGGGAAAGAGGGCAGCAGCAUCAGCAGCAGCAGCAGCAGGAGCAGGCUUACAUGGCACGAGAUGAUGCAGCAGCAGCAGCAGCAGCAGCAGCAUCAGCGGCAGCAGUUGACCUAACCCUAAAGCAAGUCAUGGGCCCUAGCGACGACUCUUUAAAGCGCAUGAUGCCUGUUAUAAUCUUCGCCAUUAUAAGGGGCUUUGACGAGUUCCGCGACGUAAUUCCCUGUCUAUUGUUGAAAUUACCCCUGCUGCAGCAGCUGCUGCUGGUUGACGUCACUGACAACGUCACCAUCCACAUGCGCCCGCACCACAUGGCGCAGCUUCGGCGGGCCAACCGACGGGCGUUUGGCGGGAGCCUAGGCUUGGAGAGCCUAGGCUCGGAAGGUUUAGGUCCGGAGAGUCUAGGUGUGGAAAGUAUGGUGUUGGGGGAAGGGAGCAGUGGGAACGGCCGGGGGUUGGAUAGCCUCGUGCAAAUUGAAGACGACUCGCCAACGGACAUGGGGUCUGAGAUGGGUGGUGGCAUGGGUGGUGGUAUCGGCAUAGAUGGUGCGGGAAGCAGUGGGAUAGGCAUGGGGAUAGGGGCAGGAAGUGGCAUGAGUGUGGGUAUGGGGGUAGGGUUGCGAGCAGGCAGCACGCGUGUGGGCGUGGGGGCAUCAGAGGCGUUUGGGGAUGAGGAGUUUCGUCCAGAGCUGCUGGGAGCUGGCGCUGCUGCCUACACCGCUUCACUCGCUGCCCCCUCUGCUGCCUACACUGCUUCACUCGCUGCCCCCUCUGCUGCCUACACCGCUUCACUCGCUGCCCCCUCCGCUGCUGACGCUGCUGCAUACACCCCCUCGCUCACCCCCCCCGCUGCAACCUCACCCACAGACACUCCACUCUCCCCUGCACGCUCACCCCCCCCCGCUGCCCCUGCCGCUGCCCCUUCUGCUGCCGCUGCUGCUGCCCCUGCCACAGAUCCUGCCCCUGCUCCUCCUGCUGCUGCUCUUCCCGCUCCUCCUGCUGCCUCUGCGUCUGCUGCACACCGAGCAGAUCAAGCCCACGUGUUAGAAACCGCCGCUCCUGCAGAACUGUCCAGGCGCGACCUGUCUUGCCACCCCGACUCGCCCAAUUUCCACGUGUCGUUCUGGCGCACCGACAGAGUCCGGGUGGCUUAUCCGCUGCCACGUCAGCACCAGGAGCUGACUGACGUGUCAGUCUGUGUGGCCACGCAGGACUCUGUUGCGCUGGAUGACGCUGACGUGGCGGAGCUUGCCAGGAUGGGGGAAAGGGGCAUGCAAGGGGUUGAGGGGUAA